AUGGCCCAUAUCAUCGAGACCAAAAAGCCGAUGUCCGAGCAUGAGAAGACUACUCCAACUCCGUCCAUUGUCGAUAUAGAAGCACCACAUUCUAUUCACAGCGUCGUGGAUCCUAAUGACAGACUCGAGCAUCUCAAACAGGAGUACGGUGCAACAUGGACCUCUCUAACCGACCCCCACGAUCCCUACAACUUCCGCCCACGCACCAAGUUCCUCAUCGGUGCCAUAUUCUCGUUCGGUCAACUUAUUCCCAUAAUGUCCGCAAGCAUGAUUGCCCCUGCGUUACCCGCCAUCGCUAAGGACCUCCACGUAAGCGCUUCGACUGCGCAAAUGACCAUGUCGAGUUACUUCCUCGGCAUGGCUUUUGCGCCCCUUUUGAUUGCAAGUGCAAGUGAACUGUGGGGGAGGAAGAGAAUUUGGGUGAUUUGUAACGCAAUUUAUGUGGUUUGGAAUGCGCUGUGUCCCGUGGGCAGGAAGGUCGAGUUGAUGAUUGUGGCGCGCAUUAUGGCUGGGGCAGGUGCGAGUGUUGGCGUGACGUUAAAUGGUCCCGUUAUGGCGGACAUGUACGGUGAGAAACACCGCGGCAAGUCUCUAGCCAUGGUAACACUCCUCCCAUACCUCGGGCCAGCUCUUGGACCCAUCGUCGGUGGCCUGGUGACGCAGCUUGUGCAUUGGUCGUGGGUCUUCUGGAUCAUGAGUAUCUUUAAUGCCUCCGUCAUUGUGCUAGGUCUCAUCUGCAUCCAGGAAUCGUAUACCCCGGUUCUCCUCCGUCACAAAGCAGCUACUGAAGGUAACCGUGUCUCAAGCGAACUUUCUGCGAAGAUGGAGCGAGUUCGAAUAGCCGACCACAUGAUGCGACCACUGCGCCUCUUCGUUCGGCGACCUAUCAUCUGGUUCAUCGCGCUGACCGGAACCCUUUCUUUCGGCGUGUAUACUCUAAUGCUGUCGACAUAUGCCACUCUCUGGAUUGACAAGUACGGCCAGUCCGAAUUUAUCAGUAGCCUGCAUUACAUAUCCCUUGCACUUGGCUCGACGAUGUGCGGGCAGAUUGGCGGCCACGUUAUGGAUGCCACCUACAAGAAGAUGAGCGACCGAGCGGGCGGAAAAGGUGUGCCCGAGUUCCGCAUCCCAUAUAUGCUGCCUGGAAUGAUCAUCAUGCCAGCAGGUCUCUUCUGGUACGGAUGGUCCGCCGAACGCAAAUUAUCGUGGAUAAUGGUCGACAUAGGCGUUGUCGUCUUUACUCUUGGCAGCUUUGUUGUAGGGCAGGCGAACAAUGCGUAUCAGAUUGGGGAAUUCGCAGAGUACGCUGCGUCAGCGGGUGCUGCAAGCCGGUCGGUAUCUUACAUCCUAGCCUUUGUCUUUCCAAUUUUUGCGCCCGACAUGUACGCUAGAUUAGGAUACGGUUGGGGAAAUAGCACGUUGGCUUUUGUUUCGAUGGGCGUGGGACUUCCAGCCUGCGCAGCCAUGUGGUUUUGGGGUGCCAAAUUGAGAUCGUUUGGCAGGGAAAAGUAA